UCCGCCAUCAUUCAACAUGGAUCCGAGUGGACUGAAGUUGCAGUUCUGGGAGAACGGACCGAAACCCGGUGAAUUUUAUUCAUUUCCAGGUAGCGGGAGUAACACCGCGGCUGGACAUGGACCUAUCAAACAUACACUAAACCCCAUGGUGACAGGGACAUCAGUCUUGGGGGUAAAAUUUACAGGUGGUGUCAUCAUUGCUGCUGACAUGCUCGGUUCCUAUGGCUCUCUGGCCCGCUUCCGCAACAUCUCACGCCUCAUGAAAGUCAAUGACAACACCAUUCUGGGUGCUUCAGGGGACUACGCAGACUACCAGUACCUCAAACAGACCAUUGAACAGAUGGUGAUUGAUGAGGAGCUUCUCGGAGAUGGCCACAGCUACAGUCCCAAAGCAAUCCAUUCCUGGCUUACACGUGUCAUGUACAACCGGCGCAGCAAAAUGAACCCACUGUGGAACACAGUUGUUAUUGGAGGAUUCUAUAAUGGAGAAAGCUUCCUUGGAUAUGUUGAUAAGCUUGGUGUUGCAUACGAGGCCCCAACAAUAGCGACAGGAUUUGGCGCAUAUCUGGCUCUGCCAUUAAUGAGGGAGGUUUUGGAGAACAAGGUGGAAAUUACCAAGGACGAGGCACGAGAUUUGAUAGAUCGAUGCCUUAAGGUGCUGUACUACCGGGAUGCUCGUUCCUACAACAGGCACGAGAUUGCCAUUGUGACUGAGGAAGGAGUUGAGAUUCUUGGACCACUGUCAUCAGAGACUAACUGGGAAAUUGCUCACAUGGUCAGUGGUUUCGAGUGAAGACUUUGUUUCGUCAGUGGAUUCUCUGCACCAUCAGAUAUGAUUUUGUGAAGACUACACGUAGUAUAAUAUUUUCAGUUUGUUUUUGUUAUAGGAAAAUAAAAUUCUAAAAUGUAAA